UCACUAAACAUGCAUGUUCUUGAGUGUACAGCAUUGUAAACCUUGUCUUGUUUUAAGUGAAAACAAUGGCCAGUUCUUUCAUUUGAGCGCCUAACAUUUGCCUCGCCAGACGGAUUACUUGAAACAUUCCAAGGUAAACAAUGUCUCUCUUUGGCGGAUUGUUAAGGUCCAGUGUGACAUUUUGUCACUCAGCUCUGCUGCAGUGCACAAGACCGUUUUCCACAGGAAUAUGUUCUAGAGUGCGAAUGCAUGCGAUUCCCAAACUUAAACAUGUGGAUCGCUGGACAGAAAAACGAUCCAUCUUUGGAGUCUAUGACAACAUUGGAAUCUUAGGUGACUUCAAGGUCCAUCCGAAAGAUUUGAUUAGGGCGCCGGUUUGGCUCAAGGGUUUCCGCGGUAACGAGUUAGAGCGACUUAUCCGAAAGAAGAAGAUGGUUGGAGACAGAAUGAUGACGGAGGAUCGGCACAACCUGGAGAAGAGGAUCCGAUAUCUGUACCGCCGAUUCAACAGAUACGGAAAACACAGAUGAAACUGCGGAAGAUAAAUUAAUUUAGGAUUACUGCGUAUUAUAUUUUGAUAAUAUUUCACCUGUUAUAUGAGUGCAAAUGUGACCAUUAAAGUUAAG